UGACCGGAUCUGGCAACCCAGCAGUUUCCUGGUGCGCUCUCUCGCCGCGUGUGCUUCAGCCUCAGUCGGAGCAACAGCGUGGUGACGGUCGGAAAAAACUGAAGGCUCUCAAUCAGAGAGCGCACAAACUCUAUAAAGUGACUGACCGGCGUCCAAAAUGCUGGUGUUAUUCGAGACCGCUGCUGGAUAUGCGAUAUUCAAAGUCCUCGAUGAAUCCAAACUGCAGCAAGUCGACAGCUUGUAUAAGGAGUUUGAAACUCCUGAAAAGGCGAACAAAGUUGUGAAGCUGAAGCACUUUGAGAAGUUCCAGGACACAACAGAGGCCCUAGCAGCUGCCACUGCCCUUGUCGAGGGAAAAAUUGGCAAGAGCCUGAAGAAAGUCCUGAAGAAGGUUGUUGCCAAGGAGGCACAUGAGCAGCUGGCCAUCAGUGAUGUGAAGCUCGGUGGUGUUAUUAAAGAAAAGCUGGACCUGAGCUGCGUCCACAGCCCAGCCGUGGCUGAGCUGAUGAGGUGCAUCAGGAGCCAGAUGGAGGGCCUGAUCACGGGACUUCCUCCCAAGGAGAUCAGUGCCAUGUCCCUGGGGUUGGCUCACAGUUUAUCCCGAUACAAGCUAAAGUUCAGUCCAGACAAAGUCGACACUAUGAUCGUGCAAGCUAUAUCUCUGUUAGACGACCUGGAUAAGGAGCUCAACAACUACAUUAUGCGCUGCAGGGAGUGGUACGGCUGGCACUUUCCAGAGCUGGGAAAAAUCGUCACCGACAACUUGGCUUAUUGCAAAUCUGUCCGCAAAAUUGGUGAUCGCACAAACGUGGCCGGCUCUGAUUUGUCAGACAUCCUCCCCGAGGAAAUCGAGGCCGAGGUUAAACUUGCUGCUGAGAUCUCCAUGGGAACAGAGGUGUCGGAACAGGACAUUGGCAACAUCAGGCACCUGUGUGAUCAGGUGAUUGAGAUCUCAGAUUACCGCACUCAGCUGUAUGACUACCUGAAGAACCGAAUGAUGGCGAUCGCCCCCAACCUGACAGUCAUGGUGGGCGAACUGGUCGGCGCCCGUCUCAUCUCACAUGCAGGUUCCCUUCUCAAUCUGGCAAAGCAUCCAGCCUCCACAGUGCAGAUCCUUGGUGCAGAAAAGGCUCUGUUUAGAGCCCUGAAGACCCGCAAAGACACGCCCAAGUACGGUCUCAUCUACCACGCAUCCCUAGUGGGUCAGACCACUGCCAAGAAUAAGGGCAAGAUCUCCAGAAUGCUGGCUGCAAAAGCAGCCCUGGCUAUUCGCUAUGACGCCCUGGGCGAAGACACUAAUGCUGAAAUGGGAGCAGAGAACCGAGCCAAGUUGGAGGCAAGGUUGCGCCAGCUGGAGGAGAGAGGAAUCCGCAGAAUCAGUGGAACAGGCAAAGCGAUGGCAAAGGCAGACAAAUACCAGCACAAGAGUGAAGUGAGAAUGUACGAUCCAUCCGGCGACUCCACAAUUCCCUCCACCUCAAAGAAGAGGAAGUUUGAAGAGAUGAAGGAGGAGGAAGAGGCUGCUGAGGAGCCCGAAACGCCAGUAGUGAAAGCCAAAAAGCCCAAAAAGGAAGCAGUAACAGAAGAAGAAGAAGCCGUAGAGGAGGAGCCCCCAAAGAAAAAGAAGAAGAAAAAGAAGGAUAAGAAGGCAGAGGCUGAAGCCGAGGAGCCAAAAGAGGAGGAGGAAGAAGUAGCAGUAACAGAGUCAACUGAAAAGAAGAAAAAGAAGAAGAAAAAGAAAGUCAAGGAGGCAGAAGAUGAUGAAUGAAAGAGUGGAGAGUGUAUAUAUGUUCUGUUCUAGUUUUUUUUUUUUAAUGUCAUUUUAGUUUUGUGUCAUACAUUUAUAUCUAAUCAGGGCAAAACUGAGUGGCUGUUUCAGGACAUCAGAGAGAGUUCAUGUUGAAGAACAAAAUGGUGGGAUCCACUUUUAUAACUUUGAGUAAACUGUGGGAUGAAAUCUCUCCAUGUAUUUCCAGACUUAACAUGAGUGAAUAAUGUAGAAUUUUUAUGAUUUUUUAAAUGAUAUAUACUCAGUUUGUAAUCAACCAUCAUCAGUUUUAUUUGUGAACACGUCUACCAAAUUGAGCACAGAAGAAUGAGUUGAGAUUCCCCAGCUCUCUUAUUGUCCUAGACUGAACAUCCGCCCUGGUGAAAUAAACAUUUUUUGCUGUAAUGA